AACAUUUCUUAAGGCCGUGCAGAGUCACGUGAAUGAAACCGGAAGCGGGCUAUAUAAUGAGCAGUGUGUGGUGUUUUAACGCGUUUAUAAAGGUUUAGGAGGAUGUUCGCCAUGAUCCCCACACUUUUAUGCUCGUUUUUCGUUUUUUCACUCCCUACAGAUGGGGCUAUUUUACCGCUUGUGAUAAACACCUGGAACUUUGAGAAUGCCAAUUUAGCAGCAUGGCGCGCCCUGCAGGCGGGUUUGUCUCCUCUGGACGCUGUACAGAGAGGAUGCUCUGCGUGUGAAGAGGAGCAGUGUGACGGCACCGUGGGCUUCGGUGGACAUCCUGACGAGACCGGAGAGACCACACUGGACGCCCUCAUCAUGAACGGUGAUACGAUGGAGGUGGGUGCGGUGGGAGAUCUGAGGAGGGUGAAGAACGCAGUGGACGUGGCUAGAGCCGUGAUGGAUCACACACAGCACACUUUGUUAGUGGGAGAAUCCGCGUCAGUGUUCGCUCAGGACAUGGGCUUCAAAUCUGAAAGUUUGUCCACUAACAAGUCGAUGAAGAUGUUCUCACAGUGGCUGAGUAAUAACUGCCAGCCGAACUACAGGAAGAACAUGGUUCCGGAUCCUUCCGUGUCGUGUGGGCCGUAUAAACCCCGAGCUGAAGUGAAGCCGAGGCAGAAGCCUGGAUUAAUUAACCCCCGCUCCCACGAUACCAUCGGAAUGAUUGUAAUUGGACCGAGUGGUCAGGUGGUUGCUGCGACGUCUACCAAUGGGGCGAGCCAUAAAGUUCCAGGGCGUGUUGGAGAUUCUCCCAUAGCAGGAGCUGGUGCGUAUGCAGAGAGCUCAGUAGGGGGCGCUGCAGCGACUGGUGAUGGUGACCUCAUGAUGCGUUUUCUGCCCAGUUUUUUAGCGGUGGAGUUGAUGAGGUCCGGAGCCGAACCCGCCGCCGCCUGCAAAACCGCCAUCAACAGGAUAAAGAAGUAUUACCCAGAUGCCUUUGCGGCAGUCAUCUGUGCCAACAGCACGGGUGGAUUCGGUGCAGCGUGUAAUAAAAUCUCUAUAUUGACGCAGUUUCCCUUCAUCAUCUUUAAUCCCAACAGCAACAAACCUCAACUGCACAGCGUCGACUGUGUGUAGAGGAGAUUACACACACACACACACAAAUCACUUUAGGGGUGACAUUUUAAUCAUUAGAUUGUUGAUGUUUUAAUAAAUAAUUUUUUUCAGACUCA